UAGACAUGAAAGAAAAAAUAACGGAUGAGCGUUUUGCUCAUCUUUAUAGGGAUCCUCGGUUUCGGAGGAUAAAUAAGAAGAAAUUUAAAUUAAAAGUAGAUGAGCGUUUUAAAACAAUGUUUACUGAAAAAAAAUUUAAAAACUCUUCCGUUGAUAAAUAUGGAAGACCUGUUUUUGAUGAAAAUGAGGAAAUAAAGAGAUUUUAUGAACUUGAAACAUGUCAAGAGGAAGGCGUCAAAGAGAAAAGACAUUCGAAAGAUUAUAAUUUGAGUAAUAAUAAUUAUAAACAAGAAAGUAAGUUUGAAGCUUCUGAAAUUGAAGAAAGUGAUUUUGAUCCUGCAAGAGGCGUCGGCCUUCUUGAAAGCAGCGAAGAAGAAGAUUCCACAUUGUUCGAGCGGGAGAGCUCUCCAGAAGAUGAGCAGGAAGAAUGUGAAUAUGGCGAAGAGACUAAGCGAUUUGCUAUUUGUAAUUUGGAUUGGAAAUUUGUUACCGCCUCUCAUUUGUAUGUUUUAUUGAAUUCCUUUAAACCACUUGAUGGCGCUAUUUAUAGCGUAAAGAUUUUUGUUUCCGAAUAUGGAAAAAAACGCCUUGAAAAAGAAGCUAUGAUUGGCCCAAUUUUAUUUGAUUCUGAUGAAUCUUCUAUUGAACAAGACAGUGCACAGCAGGAAGUUUGUAAUGGCGAGGAUGAGAUCGAUACGAAACGGAUAAUGAAGUAUCACGUGCGCAAACGGAAAUAUUACUUUGCUGUUUGUGAGUGUGAUAGCAUAAACACAGCAAAAGUUAUAUAUAACGAAUGCGAUGGUCAAGAAUUCGAGACUAGCGGAGAUAUUAUGGACUUGCGGUAUAUUCCCGAUGAUCUAUGCUUUACUGAUGAGCCUAAAGACACGUGCACUUCCAAUCCUGGAAACUUUCAACCUCUUCAUUACCAUAAUUCUUUACAAAACUUUAAAGCAAAGUUUGAUUGGGACGAUGAGGACCCCGAAAGAGCACGUGUUUUAAAGAAAAGACUGACUAAAGAAGAAGUUGAGCACAUGGACUUUGCCAAUUACCUGGCCUCAUGCAGUUCCGACAGUGAAAUCGAUGAAGUAGAACGGCAAAAUAGGUACCAACAACUGUUAAACGGGAUUUCUUUGGAAGAAUCGGGUGCUUUUAAAAAUAAGAAGAACACGUGCGAUGGUGACAUCCAAGUGACCUUCCGCCCUGGCCUUACCUCCAAAACGCAGGAAUUGGUCGAACGGCGAAUAGGAGAAAUAGAAGAUAAGGAAAAAUCACUUUGGCAAAAGUAUUUGGAUAAGAAAAAAAAACUUCGGAAGGAGAGGAGAAAGCAAGCACGACAUCUCCACAGUUCUAAUGGAAAUAAAAUAAACCACACCGGCGACGAUAAUUUAAUUCAGCAAAACGAAGUAAAGAAAACUCCUUUGAAUAACAAAAAAAGUCUAAAACAGGAGUCUCUUGAAGAAUUAAAAGAAAAAGCGCAACUAGAGUUGCUGUUAUUGGACGAAGACCACGUGGAAGGCCACACUGGGAAACAUUUUAACAUGAAAGACAUAGAAAAGCAACAAAACACUAAACGCUCUAAAAAGAAACGGCAGAGCAAAUCUGUAGAAGAUGAGUUCAAACUGAACGUUCAAGAUGAUCGCUUUAAGGCAAUCUUUGAAAAUAAGGACUACGCAAUUGAUAAAACGCAUGGCAGUUUUAAAAACACGCAAGCCAUGCGCGAGUUUCUUUCUCAAAAAAAUGCUUUACGACAUAAGAGCAAACUGCCACACUCGCCUCCGUCGAAUGAAUCUCCAAAUAAUUAUUACAUUUACAGUUUAGUUGAAUCCGUUAAGAGAAAAACUCAGCAACGUUUAGAUUCUUUUAGUAAAAAUAAAAAAGCAGCGGUUACUUCUUUAUUAUAA